UCAGGGGAGGUUUGGGGUUCACUUCCACUGCGUCAUCUAUAAUCUGGGGCCGAGGCGGACGGUUCUGUGUGAAGGUUCUGGGACCAACGUGUGACAUUGAGCUCCUGCAGGAGAAACUGGAUCGGUUUAUAUUUAGAAGACCUGAGGAUCAACAGUUGAUACCAGUGGGUGCGUUGGCAUGGAAUAAUGUGCGAGAAUGAAGUGUGGACGACGCGAACAGGAACAAUGAAAUGUGAAGCCAUUGUGUAGGAAAAUAUACCUCAUGAAUUAUUGGAGACUGGAAGGUAAAAUGAUUGAAUAUUAAUUUAAGUGAGACAAGUUAUUCAAUAAAAACGUAUACAGUUUGACAGUGGAAUGAAUAAGAUUUCAAAUGCAAACGUACAUGACUAAAACCAUUUCAUUUCACUGACUCCUAUGUGACCAACGGGCUUUACCUCUUUGUGUCUGCAAACGAAGGACACGCCUCUGUGAGGAUUCGGCUCCGUCAGAUUCAUCUGACUUGUGUCUUGUGUUUGUGUUGCAGACGUGUUAUAUUCGAUGUUAACAUGAGUGUAGAGAUGGAGGCCAAUGUAACGGUGCCAGAGAGCCUGUGGGUAUGAAACCAUCGGUUCCUCAUCAUCCAUAAAUCCAUUUCCAAAACCUCAUCACCGCCUGAUUCACCUGGACACACCAAAGAAAGUCAUUGAGCAGGAAGUUAACAAGCAACAUGUGUUCAGGAAAAACUGCAGGAGAUGGACCCGACCUGGACCACCACCGUCCUGCUGGUGCCCUGUGUGGUUGUGUUGACGGCCGGCUUCUUCUACAUCUACGGCCUUGUCACUGGCUUCUUGUCCAAAACAUGUGUUCGCAACAAGGUGGUGGUUCUGUCUGACGCCACGUCCAAGCUGGGGAAAGGUGAGAGGAGUGUUGAAGAUGAGUGCUGCUCCGUGAUGCGAUGGUUUUUCUUCUCCUCCGCUCCAGUAUGUGCAAGUGUCUUUCACAAAGGAGGCGCCAGGUUGAUUCUCUGUGGCAAGAGCUGGGACAAACUGGAGGAACUGGCUGAGGACUUGACAGGUUCUUCGGAUCCCAGCGUGACCUUCCCGCCAAAGCUGGUGCUGCUGGAUUUCAGCGAUAUGCUGAGUUUGCCCGAGGCCAUCGUAGAUGUGCUAGACUGUUACGGCUGUCUGGACGUGAUCAUCCUCAACAACAGUCUGAAGGUCAAAGCUCCUGCCCAGAAUCUGUCGCUGGAGAUGGACAAGCUGCUUAUGGACAACAACUACUUUGGACCGGCCACUCUGGUCAAAGGAGUGCUGCCGUCCAUGAUGUCCAGGAGAACCGGUCACCUGAUCCUGGUCAACAGCAUUCAAGGAAAACUGGCCGUGCCGUUCCGCUCCGCAUACGCCGCAUCCAAACACGCCGUCCAGGCUUUCUUCGACUGUCUGAGGGCUGAGGUGGAGGAGUUUGGCAUCUCUGUCAGCACCAUCAACCACACGUUCAUCAGCGCGUCAGACGCGACCGAGGCCUCCACCCGCAAAUCCUUCUGGUCCUGGUUCUUCAUCAUGAGGCCUCACGGCGUGUCUCCUGGCGAAGCAGCCGCUGAGAUCGCCAAGACUUUAGGCAACAAGAGAAAGGAAGUGGUGAUCGCACCGACGCUUCCUAAAGUGGCCGUCUACGCUCGCUCCUUCUUCCCCAACCUCUUCUUCGCCUUGAUGGCCGCCGGAGUGAAUCACGCCAACGUCUCAGUGGCAUCGUGACAUUUGAGACAGAGGAGGAGCACAACCGAUGGAUUUUAAAGAGGGCAUGAAAGCGUGACCAGAAAUGGAGAAAGAGUUUGGUCUUUUAAGAUAUUUGAAAUGAGUUAAUAAUUAAAAACUUAUCACUG